UCCUUAUGAACUGUGGUUUGAAAAUUUACAUACGAAGUGGAUCUUUGCUACUUACAACUAAUGAUAAAGCGACAGGAACAUUGACACAGGAAACACGGUUCAUUAAAAUUCAAAGAAAUCGUUAUUAAGUGUGACUUGGCUAAAUCACUUCAGCCAGGCAGUUAACGUGUCAAAGCAAACUGUCGUAUUGACUAUUUCAAGAAGGUGAAUUUCAAGAUUAUUGCAUUCAGAAAACACUAUGUGUUGUCGGUGUUUGAAAACAGCGUUUUACGUCAUAAUGUUCACUUGUUUGACGACCGUUGUUGCAGAAUGUCCUCCAAAUUGGACACGAAGUGACCAUGGUUGUUUCCAUAAAGUAGUUACUCGCGAUAAAGUCGAUUGGAGCGAGGCUAAAGAACGAUGUGAGAACGAUUACAAAGCUGAACUUGCGAGAAUCGACUCGAAAGAGCAAAGUGAUACCUUAGAUAAUUUGUUGAAUCAUGUUGAAAGUUGGAUCGGUUUGAAAGCGAAUGCCAAUUCAUCUUUAAAGGGAGUAAAUGGUGAAAAGCCAAAAUUUCUACCAAAUAGUUUGAAUAGGAAUUACUCGCCCAACGUGCGUUGCAAUAAGGCGAAUGAGGAUUUUGGAAGAAAAUAAAUGUGAUAAAAGUUAUAACUAUACAUGUGAAAAGUUGCAAAAACCUGGCCAGUGUGAAACAUUUAACAAGACCUGCUACACCAUUUCGCAGAAGAAAUCCAAUUUCAGUUCAUCGCUUUUGUCAUGUGAGUCGAAACAGGAAAGUAUUAUAGAAAUUUCCAAGAAAGCCGAAUACAACUUCAUAAAACAGGAGUUUGGUGGACGAAACCUCGACGUUUGGCUAGGCGUCGUAAAACCUAUCAACUCUUCAAGUUACCAGUACUUAAAAGGCAAUAAGUCUGCGGAUCUGUCUGAACUAGAUGAUGAAUUUAAAGUCAAAGCAAAAUUGAGCGAACGCUUUUGUAUAACUAUAAAAAUAACAAAGAACCUGAAUUUCAUAGAAAAACAGUGUGACUUCAGACUAAGUUCUUAUGUUUGCUAUAAGAAAAUGAAACAAGCUACAGCAAUUGAGCUGAUGAUUCUUAAAAACAUCUCGAGCAAAAUAGUUCAAGCACAAGCUGGCGAAACUGUUAACCUUCGAUGUGCUGCUACAGGAAUGUCCAAUAUGAAAUUUUCCUGGUCAAAAGAUGGCAGAGGCCUUGAAAACGUUCUUGAAACUUACGAAGGUAAUCAAAGUACCAUCGUAUCUGUUACAAUAAGGAAUAACAAAGAUUUUGGUAAAUAUAAAUGCACCAUUAAAGAUGGAUUUUCCGAACGGAAUUUGACGAUUUGGGUCGAGAAUUGGAGUGAAGGUGGUUCGAACGACGACAAAGUCUUGUUAACAGUGACGAUAACAUUGACAGUUUUCGUUGUGAUAUUAAUCGCCAUUAUCUUUUGCUGCUUUAAACAUAACAAGCAAUUAAAACGCAGCUUAAAGAGGAGUAAUGAUUCAGGAGUUGAAAUGACCAACGCUUCAAAUGAUAGAAGAGAAGAGCAAACAACGAAAGGCUACGAGGAUGGCACGAUAGGGAACGAAAUGUCUCAAUACACUCUCUAAGGAGAGAAAAUGGCGAGCUUGAAGAAGACAACUUUUACUCGCCUCUUCAAGAAGCACCUCAAUAUGUCAACGUCAGUGAAAUAAAAAACUCUAUCUGAUUCAUUGGCUUUUAAUGCAGACUUUUAUAAGUUAAAAUUAUAGUGAAAUCUUCAUCAUUUUGUGUUCAUUAAAAAAAGUGAUAAGAAGUAGGCAAUAUAUGGUAAUUUAAUAGAAUUUGAUUUACAUUUGAGUAA